CGCAGUCUUGUCGUAGCUUGUGUAAGUGGAAGUGUACUAACUUCCUCGCUUCCGCUCUCAGACGCUCUAUAAGACAGCCAGGAGAGAGACAUGUGGCAUACCAUCCUGGGGGUCUCCACAUUCUACUCACUUCCCCGUGUCCAGCAUCUCCUUCAGAUCACCUAUGGCAGGCCUGAAAACGGCAGGAUUCACCAGCCAGCCUUGCAGCAGCUUUUUGGGCAAUGUGACAUUUAACCCGGCCUGCUCAAAUGUCAACAUCAACAGCAGCCAGAAUGUCCUGCCCCCUGAUGCACUGCGGGUGGCACAGAUCGUAGUGGCCGUCAUCAUAUUUGCCAUCGGCCUACCUUUCAAUGGGCUGGUCAUUUGGGUGCUGGGCUUCCGACGCUCUGGAAGGAACAGCUUUGCAGCGUACGUCCUGAACCUCGCCAUCGCCGACCUCGUGCUGGUGAUGCGGAUACCGCUGGCAAUCGGAUACUUGGUAGCCUACUAUCAGUGGACGUUUGGGGAGCUCACCUGCAAGCUCAUCAUGUUCCUGCGAGUGCUGGGUCUGUUUGCCGGAGCCUUCCUUCUGUCAGCCAUUAGCAUGGAGCGCUGCUUGUGCCUUCUUCACCCGGUGUGGUACCGUCUAAGGCGGCCCCCAUGGGUCGUCCCCGUCACUUGUGUCCUCCUCUGGAGUCUCGCCUUGGGCCUUAGCAUCCCAUACCUACUAUCCAGUCAGGUUUGCUCCCUGAGAAACAGAAGUCAGUGCUUCGAAAGCCUGCUCCCGCAGCCAGGGCUCUACAUCACCGAGACGGUGCUGGGAUUCCUGCUUCCUUUGCUGCUCUUCAUCUCCUGCAAUUUGGUAAUCCUGCUCAAAGCGAAACGUGACACGUCUCCCAAGUACGCCAAGCUGUUCAAAGUGCUCACCCUCACCAUUGUGGUUUUUCUCAUUUGCUGGGUCCCUUACCACAUCUGUCGCUUUCUCAAGUCCCUCUACAGUAGCUGCCCAAAUAGCAAAAUAUAUGCAGAGGCCACCAAAGGGGUCUACUACUCGCUCUACCUCGUGUUCGUCAAGAGCAGCCUCAACCCUGCUCUCUACGUCUUCGCUGGCAAGGACUUGCGGAAAUCUGUCAAAGCUUCCCUGAUGUCAGUCAUCGAAGGGAUCUUCAGCGAUGAACCCUCAGACAGUAGGCUCAGGCGGUCGCUCAGAGGGCAGGAGUCUCUGGUCUGAUGAGGACCCUUUGUGUGGCGUACAAUCAAGACAUCCGUCUGCCUUAUGUGAUUUUUUGGGGAGAGUUGGCCAUCAGGACGGGAAAAUUCACUCCUUCUGUCAAUGUGUGUUCUGCCAGUUUUUCUUAUUGUCUUGCUUCUAAAACUGAAAAAGUCCUCCUAAACACUGGCCUUGUUGAUCUGAGCUCCAGAACAGUCAGAAGAAGAACGGACAUUUAACCCUUUAGGGAAAAGAUGCAGUGUAUAGAGUCGUCCAAUCGAUCUUACCGGCUGAAAACAGACUUGAGGAAAAGCAUGUUGUGUAUGCGAUAAGGCCGCUAGUGACCCAACUAGUGACCCAGUCAGGCUCUUUGGAUUGGUAAGGAGGUAAACUAAAAUGUUUGCUUAUCAAGGACAUAAUGGCACCCAUUCUGUUACAACAAUCAGAUUACAUAUCUAAGGAUUUUGGUAUUGGGAUCACCCACCAUAUGAACUAUCACCAAAACAAAAGAAGAAAAAACAGCAUAGAGGUACCACAACUGCAGGUAUGGAACCCCUGGAAUGACCAGCUGUACCAUUUUCAUCAUUUGUAAGUCUGCACGAUUGACAAAAGGAGGUCCUUUGUGAAAUUGACCGCGUCCUAUCAACUCUCUAGUGUCCACUUUCACCAAAUCUCGAAUGAAGCAGAAGACAUGGGAUAAUCCUGCAACUCAAAUCUCGUUGGAAUGAAGUGACGUUUUCGGGAUCGUUGAUUGGUUAGAAGACAUGACGCAAUAUAGAGGUGUUGCAGACUUGAUUAAAGUAACACUUUUAAGUGCUCAUCGAGGACUCUUUCGAUUACAUCGAUGGACUGUUCUUCAGAGAAAGGUGCCAUCUCUCUAGUUUUUCAAACGUUUGCUUGCUUCGAGUUCCUUUUUCUGGAAUGUACUCUCACAAACAAAGCAUAACUAAUCGGUAAAACGGAGAUCCUAACCGUGAAUACCAUAGAGACUAUGGCACACCGUAAAAAAUGCGGAGAGAUAUUACAGUAUCAAAACUCAAUAAACAUUUAUUUCUAAAUCCACAUGGGGAAUGAUUCGCAGAUAAUAAAAUGGUACGAGUAAAAUCCAGAGGCAAGUGAACUUGCGACAAAGACAAAACGAAAUGGGAACAAUGAAAUUUCUACCUUAAAUCAUCACGAUGCAGCCCCGAAAUCCAGAGAUUAAUAACUUGAUGAUAACGCGCAACAAAUUAGUAGCAUGAAAAUCCAGAGGUAAGUGACCUGGUGACCAUUAACACCAAAAUCUGGAGAUCAAGGGAGAUCCAGAAGAUCAUGGUGGAAUUCACUUUUGCAGUUUCGAUUACUUGUGGGAGAUUUCUUCUAUCAAAAAGAUUAUAAAGUGGCAAGUUCUGCUUCAAUGGCUGGCCACUCACUGCCCAGGUCCAUAUUGAAUUGGGUCCACAGAGAUGCGGUUAUUAAAACAGAAGAAAUUCACAUCCUCAGCAUUUAGACAGUAAAGACUUGGGUCCUCAUGUAUAACACCGUGCUUAGAACUCACAAUUAAACAUGGAGUACGGACAAAAGUGGAAACUUUACGGCAAGUUUAGUUUUUAUACAUCGCAAUGUGAGCGUGGAAAUGGACGUACGCA